GAAAAGUUAUAAAAAAGUUGCAUGUCCGAUAAAGAAGUGUAAAGGUUCUUGUUGUUAAGUUAUCGAAACAAACGAAACAAACAGAAGGCUAAAUCAUUUGGGAAUUCGAAAGCAACUUGAAUAAAACACCAUGGUUAAGGGAGCCUUGUUGCUUUCUGUGGAUGAUUCAGUAGAUGCAGACCUCAUUUUACGAUUGCGAAAUAAAAUGGAAGGAGCUUCUAACUUGGAAGUGUUUGAAUUAGAUGACGUUUCACAUGAACACGAAGAACUGUCAAGUUACGCAGAAAAGUUCAAACAAAUGAUAAAAACUCGCAUUAACAGGGUCUUCUUGAUAAACUCUCCAAAGCUUCGUAAUUUGGUCGAAUGUAAUAAUUUCAACGUUGACAAUACCAACUUAAGCACUGACCAAAAAGCUCAAGAGAUUAUCAGGGAGAUGAUCACACGAGAGAGAGUUAAGUCGGAAAAAGAAAGUAAGCUAGUACUAUUGUCGCUAUCAGAAAAACAAGAAGUACCUCACAGUUUGCAACAAAUUAAACAUGUCUGUGUUAUUGAUGGGAACGGAAGAAUAGAUUCAAAAAUUAUCGACGGUGUUGUCAUUGGUUUGUGUCAAAUGGAAAUUCCGAGAGCAAGUAGUGAAAAGAAAAGUAGCGAAAAGAAAGAGAAAGAUAGCGGCUGCAUUGUGGCAUGAUACCCAAGGGAGACAAACUGAAGCCGAGGGUCGUGAAUUUUAGAAGUAGUAAACAAAAUAUGGCUGCUGCUUUGCAGGCGUGACAUGGACCUUAAAUUGAGCGACUGUCCAGAGGCUAAUAAAUUUGGCUAGCCAGUUUUCGAGGUCAUGGUAACAACUUAUGGUGCAAUUAAAAACGAAGAUGGAAAUAAAGGAACUGGGAGUCAUUUAAAUACUGUUUCUUUGAAUAUGAAUCAGCUUGUGGCAUCUAUUGAUCCUAAAAAUCCAUUUUCUGAAGAUUUUCAAGGUGAUUCUGAUUUCUGGGAGAAGGUAAGCUCUUGUUUUUACCGAGAACAGUCAAAGAAAAGAAGUAUUACAUGGCUUGAAGUAGAAACCAGGCUGAGACUGGAAAGAAUACAGAAUCGUUAUGAAGGCACUGAUCCUAAAAAAGACACACUUUUUUGGCUAAUCACAACUGUUUACGAUUCUUUUGAAUCGUUUGUUAUUCAGAAUAAACAGGCAGAAUUGUUAAAUGCAUUCUUGAAACAGCUAUCUGCCUUUGUCAAAAUCUUAUUAAAGGAGGAUUACCAAGGAUAUCCUCUAUUUCCACUUAAUGAAAAUGACAGAGACCUUGAUGAUGGCGAUGAUAAUAAUGAGCGAACUGAUGAUGAUAGAAAAUAUGCUUUCAUGGUGCGCCUUCCUUCAGAUCUUACUGGGAAAGUUCGAACAAGUGUAUUGCAUAUUGCUGCUUCUAAGAACCUCUGUGAAAUUGCAUCAUUUUUCUUAAAAUUAUAUCCGAAAUCUAUAUAUCGUAAAGAUGUACCUGAAACUGGACGGAAAAGAAUGGCAGUUGAAUAUGCUAUGGAUCAUCAAAAAGAUGAAGUUUGUUGUAUAAUUAUGAAGGCAAUGGUAAAUGAAAGAGUGCGCAAUCUUUUCAUUGGUAAUCAUGGAAGUCCAUCAAGAUAUAAAUUUGGAGAUAUAAUCACUGAUUCAAGUAUGAAGAAAACUGUUUUAUGUGUGUUGGAUUCGUGUGUCAACCCAAACUUUCCAUAUCAUUGGGAAGACCCAACCAAAAAGGAAGAACGAGAAGAAAGAGGUGAGGAAGCGUGGAUUAAUAUUCCUGGCGUUCCCUUGCGAUACAAUUUCUUCUUCGAAAUACUUGAUGGAGAUGAAAACGGACGCCCUGCCAGAAUCUUCACAGAAGGUAAUAAAAUUGGAGUUAAGAAUGAGUAUUUUAAACAUCGAACACCAUCUCCAUUGCAAGUCAUUGCAAAUAAUGCUGACAACAAAAACCUUCAGGAUCCAAUUAAACACAUGGCCGUGAGACAGCUAGUUCGUCAUAAGUGGGAGAAGUAUGGAAAACGCUUAAUCAUGAAAAACUUUGGUUUUUAUCUGUUGUUUUUGGUUUUGAUGUCAUGUGCUUUACUACUUGGUGCAGAAUCAAAGGAUCCACUGAAAUAUCCUCAGGCUGUCGAUAAGUUUCGGUUUUUUUGUGAGAUUGGAACAUUACUCUUCACAGCUUUCUACAUUUUCUCUGAAGUGGAUCAGUGUUUAAAAGAGUUUGAAAUAUACAUCAAAGAUUGGUACAAUUUUUUUGAUGUUUUUGGCCUGGUAUCGAUAGUUGCGUUGAUACCAUGCCGUUUGUCGAGUGCUCUCACUGUUACACGUGGUUUUGCAACAGCUGCGUUUUUCAUCAACUUUAUUCGAGUGUUUAAAUAUUUCCCAGCAUUCAAAGAAUAUGGCAUUUACGCCAAAACUUUUGCUACAAUUUUCUACACUGAUAUACGAAAGUUUGCGGUGGUAUUUUCCGUCGUGUUGGUGGCGUUUGCUGGCAGCGUUUUCAUCGCUUUGGCAGCUUCGAAUGCAUUUGACGAUAACUUUAAAAAUUUCUGGUCAGUAUUACUACAAGAGUUACGGGCACUUGCAGAAGGAAAAGAAUUCGCUGACAGUUACUCACCCUACAAUUGGGCUCUCACAGUGUUUGUCCUGAUGAAUAUGUUCGCAAUUAUCGUUGUUUUGGUGAACAUUCUGAUUGGUCAGUUGAGUUUCCGUUACGAAUCUGCUAUGAACGAUGCUACGCUGCAAUUUGAUAUUGAUAAAGCAAAAAUGGUGACAAGCUUAGAAAGAAGUUGGUUUAAAACUUGGAACGAUAGGAUUAAACAUUAUGUGGAUGGAGUGUAUGUCAGUGACCAGGAAAUGAUUGCAGAUUUGCUGGAGGACUGGAACCGAUUACAAUCAGCGGAGGGCAAAAACACAGAACAGGCUAUCAGGAAAAUGGUUGAAAAGAGGAUCUUAAAGAGAGAUUAAUUAGAUGCUUGGUGAUUUUUUGUAUUAUAUAUUGUAAAUAUACACGGCUCAAUUUCAUCACGAGAAGGGGAUUGCGGGGAUCAAAAAUGUGUCAACUUUAUUUGCAUUUCUUUUUAGGGUGUCCACUUUGCCAGAAAGUGUAGGAAUUUUAAAAAUAUAAGCAAAAUGUCAUAAGAUUGUCAGGAAAGUUUGGUCUUUAUGAAUGUCUGAAAAAGGUCAUCAAUUUCAGUAGUAUUGGAUCCCUGUGAAACAGUUGGAAAGUGAAGAAAAAUGUUAGGAAUGUCACGAAAAUAAAAAGUUAUUAUUAAGUGGACUUAAUAAUAAGAUUUUUUUUACUAUUAUUAUUAUGUCUGAUUUGUAGAUUUUUAAUUUUUUGUAUCAUAAGCUUUUCUAUUAGUCAUUUUGUAAGCUAGAUAAUUUUAAGAUUUUUUGUAUUUAAAUAUGUGCAAUAGUGGAGAAAAACAUGAACUUUUUACCUGGUGGAAAACACAUGAACUUUUUACCUGGUGGAAAACACGUGAAAAACACGUGAUCUUUUUACCUGGUGGAAAACACACGAACUUUUUACCUGGUGGAAAACACGUGGAAAACACGUGAACUUUUUACCUGGUCGAAAACACAUGAUCUUUUUACCUGGUGGAAAACACAUGAAAUUUUUACCUGGUGGAAAACACGUGAUCUUUUUACCUGGUGGAAAACACGUGAUCUUUUUACCUGGUGGAAAACACAUGAUCUUUUUACCUGGUGGAAAACACAUGAUCUUUUUACCUGGUGGAAAACACAUGAUCUUUUUA